GGAGGAGAACACACUAGGAGUCUGACGUAUCCAGCACAGUAGUGCAGAGCGGGGUUGCAACAUCGAUAACAAGCGGCGUUAUACCUCCAAAGCGUCGACUGUGUGUGCGGUCAAAUACUGGAGGCCGACGGUGUUUGGGCGGCUCGCUAGAGCUGGAAGGACAUUAGAGUUUUUUAUCCCCCUUUUGCUGGAGGAGGGCGUUGCAACAAUAAAACACUGGUCUCGUCGCGAGUUGUGAAAUACGGGUACUCGAGCCAUGCUUCCCGGGGUCGGCGUGUUCGGCACGAGCUUGACCGCAAGGGUAAUUAUCCCCCUUCUGAAGAACGAAGGGUUCGCGGUUAAGGCGCUGUGGGGUCGGACUCAGGAGGAAGCCGAGGAGCUGGCCAAGGAAAUGAACGUGCCGUUUUACACCAAUCGGAUCGACGACGUUUUGCUGCAUCAGGAUGUGGAUUUGGUGUGCAUCAACCUUCCUCCACCUCUCACGCGGCAGAUCGCUGUCAAAACGCUAGGAAUCGGCAAGAAUGUGAUCUGUGAUCGCACGGCCACGCCCCUGGACGCCUUCCGCAUGAUGUCAGCCGCCCAGUACUACCCCAAGCUGCUGAGCAUCAUGGGUAACGUGCUGCGCUUCCUCCCGGCGUUCGUGCGGAUGAAGGAGCUGGUGGAGGAGGGAUACGUGGGAGAGCUGCUGGUGUGCGAGGCGCAGGUGCACAGCGGCUCUCUGCUGGGGAAGAAGUACAACUGGAGCUGCGACGACCUGAUGGGGGGCGGCGGCCUACACUCCGUAGGAAGUUACAUCAUCGACCUGCUCACCUUCCUGACCGGCCAGCGCGCCGCCAAGGUGCACGGCUUCCUCAAGACGUUCGUCAAACAGACGGACCACAUCCGAGGGAUCCGCCAGAUCACCAGCGACGACUUCUGCACCUUCCAGAUGGUUCUAGAGGGCGGGGCCUGCUGCACGGUCACGCUCAACUUCAACGUGCCCGGAGAGUUCUGCCAGGAGGUGGUGGUGGUGGGGACGGUGGGGAGGCUGAUGGUGAGAGGCACCGACCUGUACGGCCAGAAGAACAGCGGGGGGGAGGCGGGCGGAGGGGCGGAGCUCCUGCUGAAGGACAGCACCCCCCUGGAGAACGCCUCCCUCCCCGACAAGGCCUUCAGUGACAUCCCCGCCCCCUACCUCACCGGGACCAUCCGCAUGAUGCAGGCGGUGCGCGAGGCCUUCAAGGACCAGGAUGACAGGCGGACCUGGGACGGCCGGCCUCUCACCAUGGCUGCCACCUUCGAGGAUUGCCUGUACGCGCUGUGCGUGGUAGACGCCAUCAAGACGUCCAAUCAGUGCGGGGAGUGGCAGAGCGUAGCGGUGAUGACGGAGGAGCCGGAGGUUAGCCCCGCCUACCUGAUCAGCGAGGCCAUGCGGCGCAGUCGGAUGUCACUGUACUGCUAGUGGGGGCGGGGAGGCGUAGCGACGCCAGGAGAGCCGUUGCCGCUGCUUUCGCUGACUGCUGUGGAUGCUCUGCCUCCCCAUUGGCUGUUAGCUGGCUGGCUGACCAAUAGGGAGCAUGGAUAGCUUCUAGCCGGCUUCCUGGAACCCUGAGAUCUGAACCGUGAUAGGACCUCGUCGUCCCAGACUUCACGUCCGCUCUUGUGCAUGAACUCUGACCUCUGGCCAGGAUUGCUCACCUUACACUGUGUUCCCGCGGAAACCAACACCGCUGCUAUCGGAUCCAUUCUAUGCCUCGGACAUGAUUUAACAUUUUUCUCUGCUGGAAAGAAAAAGUGAAUGUUUUGUUGAAUCCCGCAGUGCGCUCGGAGGCCUCUGUGUAUGUGGGCUAUGCAUGUGUCGAGAACCAUGGAGCGAAAUAGUGGAGAGAGAGAGAAAGAAAAUCAAUAGCUUGGCUGUUAGGGCUUUUAGAGGUGGUCUUCCCUCUGCAAAGUCAGCAAUAAAUCCUCCCCAGAUCCUCCCUGGAGGUCAGCCCUGAUCCUGCCUGCCCUGGGGCCACGCCUGUCUGCAUCUCUCCUGGAGGUUCCUGUGUAGUACUGCUACGUCCAUAUGCAAUCAGACCAGACCGUGUCCCAAACCCCGGUCUCUCUAGCCCGCAGUGGGCCGCCAGCCUCUGUGUAGCUAAGGGCACAGGCAUGGUCUGUGUUGAUGCUACGCUGUCCUAGCCUCUGCUAUGCUACUCUGUCCUAGCCUCUGCUAUGCUACGCUGUACUAGUCUCUGCUAUGCUACGCUGUCCUAGCCUCUGCUAUGCUACGCUGUCCUAGCCUCUGCCAUGCUACGCUGUCCUAGCCUCUAGUAUGCUACGCUGUGAAUCAAAACUCAGCUUUUAAUCGUCCUGGUUUUCAGUUCCAAGUGUGGAUAGGGGGUUGUUUGGGGUAGUAGAGGGGUAUGAGAGAUGAAGCAGGAAACAGUGGAUGAUCAGGGUGACUGGACCACAGCAAGCUUGUAGACGUACUGGAAGACCUAAACGCUGUACUGUAGGGUAUCAUCCUUGUUCAUUAAGCAGAUGUUUUUAAUCCAAGGCGACUUUAAAAAGUGGGAUUUGAACCUUUGGCCUCUUGAUCUGCUGGUCAAAUCCCUGCCACUGAGCUACACCCCUCCCUCGUCUAAUCUUCCGUGUCUGGCAGUGGGUUAGCAGGGGGAGACUAGGCAGCAUGUGUGUGGUUCUCUGAAAUGUGUGUUUGACCUGACGAUCGGCCUUAGAGAUCGAGAAGUCAUAGGAAUACCAAAUCAUGAUGUGUCUGACCAAUUUAAGACAAACUUAAGAAAGAAAUCACUGGAAAACAAUCGUUCGAAACCUUGUUGUGGAUUUUCUCAGUUUUGCAUCCAGUCAAUCCAGAAGAGACGCUGAUGAGUACUGUAGCACUGACCUUCAAGCCAAAAGAUGGAAUUAUUUGUUCUCAUAACUCUUCUCUGUUUCUGGUUGCUGAGACCUCUGCAUCAGUUGACUUCUACUCUAGUCUUGUAAAUAUAUCCCAGAACAUGAUGUUGGUUUUGUCAUGUGCUGUAUUCUUUUAUUUUUCAUAAAACUACCUGUGAAAAGAAACUUGAUUUUGAUACACACACUGAUUAUAAAAGUAUUUAUUUAGUAUUUUCUUUUGGACUGAUGUGUGCUAUGUUCGGAGGGGUGUGUUUCAGUGGGAAGUGAAAGGUGAAAGUAUGUUCCAUCAAAAACGACGACCUUUAAAAAGAUCCUUCUCUUCAGACACGCCAAAAUGAAUACUUUAAACAAAGUAUGUCAGUGUCAAUAUGCAGUGGUCCAGUGUUAGACCCAACCUUUUCUUUGUGUGUUUAGCUUGAUAAACGUUUUACAAUCAAGUACCUUCUGAUAAGUUCAGCUUUCAUGCCACGGCUGUAGACUUCAGAAGGGCCCUACCCUUCUGAAACACAGUUACAGUCUGAUAUCCACAUAUGUCGCUUGCAGUGUUAAGCGUGUUACACACUGUGGUCUUCGGGUGGUUAGCUAUCUCCCUUAACGACGAAACAGGUAUGAACUCAGAAAACACCUUCUCACAAUCAGAGUGAACAUGAGGUAAUAAACCCAAGAUUUACCUACAGUGAUAUCUCACUGAGACCUGUUGUCUUAAGAGCUUAUCGCUGCUGUAGACUUUCCCCCUGGUCCACUGAAACUUAUUGCACCAUCAUCAAAACUUGGUCUCGUCCGACAAGCAAAAAGUUGGAAACCGUCAACUGGAAUUUUCUGUUAACGGCAACAUUCCCUGUUAAGAUGCAGCCUCACAAGGGCACAGUCCUUCAGUCCCCCCUGUGUGGGAGAGUCCACAGUCUGGCACUUCAUAGACUCACACACAGAUGGAUCAUACCAUUCAGUGUUUGUGUGUGUGUGUGUGUGGGGGGGGGACUCUCACAGUUCAGAUGGUAUGGCCUCGCCUCUUACCCCUGGUAGAGUAUCCUGCCCUGGCCUGCUUGUAUUUGGGCUGGCCUAUCUUAAACUGGAUCUGGUCUUCUGGUCUUCUUCUCUACUUUUAAUAGAGACCUAGUUAAACAUCCCAAGAGACACAUACACACACACUUUCUCAUCCUCUCUCUCACACACACACACACACAUGCACUCGCAAAUGAACACACACAUGCACUCGCACAUAAACAAACACACACAACGUCCUAAAGCGCACUGAAAUCCACGUCUUUAAAGGGUGACAGGAUGUGUUUGAAGUUGUUUAGCUCCUGUGUGCCCCUGCUGGGUUUAGCUACCCAGCUGUGUGCUACCCAGCACUUCCUGGUGCAUCCUGGGAGGUUGCCUGGGAGACGGUCUCAUGGAGACAGGGCUGGUGGAACUAGCAGGGUAAAACUAGGCUUGGGUAUUUUUAGUCAUUCAAUAUUUAAUGAGCGAAGUUAUAAUGAGACGGUUUUAGGAUUUCCACCAUUCAGAACUGUGGAAUCUCGGAUGUUCACACUUUUUGACGUGGUAAAUCAGGUUGUUUAAAUCAUAAAUGUUUUAUAAACGGGAUUUCCCGGGCCAGGUGUAGAGCUGGGUGUUAAUGACUGGUGAGGGAACUACUGCUGUAUUACUGUAAAACGGUGACAACUGGAAGACUACUGUAGUCAAUGCAACUGGAGAUGCUUAUGAUAAUGAACCUGAAGGUAUUACCCUUAAACAUCAACUGCCAUUGCUCUGGUGUCCACUCUCUGUUUGUGCUAAGGGGCUGUUUGUGUAGCGACAAAAGGACAACAAAUAUGUUAAAAUCAUUCCCAGUAACUGUUAGUCGCUGCUUGGCUUUCCGAUGUCCUUCUUCACAACAACAACAAAAUGAAAGUCUGUUAAAUAAAAGAACAAAGAAAGACUUGAAACACUGGGGAGAUGCUGUUACGGUUGUAAAUGUCGAGUCUGGACUGACUGCUUUGCUUGAUUGGAACGUGUGAAUCCGGAGAUCUGUUUUGGGGUGCCAGCCUUUACAAACUCCUCAGGAACUGUGUGAAGGGUUAUGUUCUGUGUUUAGGGGGAGGGGAGGGAGUGUGGCUCUGCUCUUUUUGAGACAGACAGCCUCAAAGAGGUGCUUCUUGUGCUCUCAAAGACUGUCACCUAGCAACCUACAACCCAGGGUGCCAAACCUGGCCCCCUCUUUCCUCAACUCUCUCUUUCUCACACUCACCAGGUCUGUCUCCCCUCUGCCUCUGUCACACUCACCAGCUCUCUCUCCCCUCUGCCUCUGUCACACUCACCCAGCUCUCACUGCCUUCCCCCUCUGCCUCUGUCACACUCACCAGGUCUCUCUCCCCUCUGCCUCUGUCACACUCACCAGC